AUGUACAAGCAGCACGAUGCUAAGCAGCCCGACGAGCAUCAGACACACGACACUGUGCAACGCGACGGGUGCAACCAGCAUGACUCCAACGCUCAGGAGCACGACGGCAUUACGUUACGUGCAUCGUUCGUUUCACAGCAUGCAGCACGACGGUACGACCACGACGUUGAGCAGCACAACGUGCACCAGCAGCACACCAUCGAGCGGCGCGACGGCUUGCACCCCACCGGCACUGGUGCCAGCCACCGCGUCACUGAACAGCAGCAUGUCUCGGACAUCCACGUCUGUCACAUGCAGAGCGAGUGGCGCCACGACACCGGGAGACACCUCGAUGUUCAGUACCACGACGCCAGAGGGCAUCACGACUAUGACAUCCAAGCGUGGCACGAGCUCUGUGUGAGACGGGCAUCGCAUCCGUCAGACCGUCACCGCGACGCUGGACAGUGCCAUGAAAUUGUAAUCCACGUGUGGCAUGCGCAGUGCGAGGAGCACCACGUCAUUGGACACGACACCGAUUCUGCCAUCCACCAGUGUUACGAGCGUUCCGACGAGUGCCACGUCCUCGACACGUCGAGGACAUUCACGCGCGAUGCGAGCACGCAGCAGCUCGACGAUGGCAUCCACGAGAGAGAUGGCCAGAGUGUCGAGCACCACGCCCCUGAGCAGCAUCGCGGCUCUGACAUCCACGAGUGGCGCGAGCAGCGUGAUGCGCGCAACGUCCCCGAGAAGCUUCACGACAAAGAUUCCCAAGAGUGGGACCGACGGCUCGGCGACCACCGCGGCGCCAGACAGCAUCAUGACACGGACGAGUGGCACGAACAGCACGACGACGAGGACCGCGCCACUCAGCAGCAAGAUGCGGGCAUCGCAGCCGCCUGGCAGGCCCAGCGCCGAGCAGACGCUUGGCUGCGCAUCGUGCCCCCUCAGCCGGCGUGCGACGUGCAGUUCACCACCGCAGCGGGCAACGCGACGGAGUCCAGCGGCACGACGUGGAGCGGCACGGCCGUCAGGAUCGUUGCGGACUACACGCCGGCCCAGGAAGACAACACGGCCACCUCGAGCGGGGAUGUGGUGGAGCGCGCCGCGCUCCCGCAGCUCAAACGCCCCGCAGCCGACCGCUGCUCCCCGCCCUGCGCCACGAUGGCCGGCGCCCGCCGCCACCCGCGCCAGCGAGUUGCAGGCGCCGCCGUGGCGCUGGCGCUUCUGCACCUGCUGGCCCCGCUCCUCGGCGCCUUCGCCACGCCGCCUCGAGCCGGCGCGGGCGGCAGCGCGCUUCGGGCGGGGGCGAAGGCGCCGUCGGCCGCAGCGCAGCGCGUGGAGGAGCUGAAGGCGCUGUCCAUGGAGGCGUGCAUGAUCGCGGACGAGGACAACCCCGAGGACACGGCGCGGUGCCAGGAGCUCGCCUACGAGCUCCAGGAGGCCGAGGCCAGGGCGCUCAAGGAGAGGGCGGACGAGGGGGACGCGCCGCUCUCCGCCCUGGACAGCGACAGCUACUGA